AUGCAAUUGUGCGGAUGUUUACCGGUUGGAAAUGGAACUCGAAAUGAAGAUAAACAAGCCAAUAUAAAACAAUCGAAAAAAAGACUUUCUCUUAAAAAUGAUAUACCAACGAAUAGUAAUGCUUCAAUAGCCGAAAUAAAAGUUCGAAAAGAACGUACGAAAUCCAAUACAAGUACAAUGACUGAAUCAGGCACAAAACGAUAUACACUCAAAAAACAAUCAUCAUCAACAUCAGUUAAUAAAGCUGCUCUUGCUGAUGCUCGUCUUUCAAAACAUGAUGUUUCCGAAAGACGUUUACCUACAUAUGGUAAUGAAAGUGAAAAUGAACAACGAAAUUUUCUUAAAUUAAAUAAAGAAAAACGUCGAUCUGUUCAUGAAUUACAAUUUCAUCAAUCUAAUUUUAGUGAAAAUAAACGUGCUAAAAGUUCACCUGAUGUAAAUCAAUUUAUAGGAGCAAAUACAUCACAUGAAACAACAACCUGUGAUGAAAUUGAUAAUCCUGAUAAUUCAAGACAUAAAAGAGCAGCUGUUCGUCGUCGCAAACGAAGUAAAUCUCCUCGAAAACAAAUGCCAUCAGAAAUUUUAGAUGCAAUCAAAUUUGAGCUUGUAGAACCUGUUGGUUUAGAUGAAAAUCAGCUCAAAGAUAUUCCUUAUGAAAACAUAAAAACAACAUCUCAACCAUUUCGAAUUAGUCUUUCACCCCAUUCAGCUCGUCGACGACGUUCAUCGCCAUUUAAUCGUGCUGGUGAUGUAGUUCAUAAUGCAUCAAGUAAUAUGUUACCUUAUCGAACUCAACCUGCUAUUGUUUCUGUUGCUCAAGUUAAAUCAACAAAAAUUAUUAGUAUUACUCGAACAACAGAAAAUUACGAACCGUUUCACAGUCGUCGUUUUGGACGAAUGGAUUGGUUUUUAUGGUAUUAUUAUUACUUUUUUACUAGCACAUUCUUUGUCACCAUUAUUGCUAAUACGGAUUAUAUACAUACAGUUGAUGCUCAACAAGAUGAACGUAUUCGACUUGAAUGUACAGUGACAUCGAAAUUAGAUGCUGAAGAGGCUAUGUGGAUGCGUAUUCGACCACCUCACAAUCCUGACAUAUUAACUUAUCGAGAUAGUGUUGUUUAUGCACCAGAACGUAUACAACUUGAACAACGUCGUCUUAGUUCAAGUAUAAAUGCCAAUGGAACAUUCAUCGACACAUAUUUUUUAACAUUAACUCUUUUGCGACCUAAUAUUGAUGAUGAAGGACGAUAUGUUUGUUCAAGAGGAAGAACUAUUUUUGCCGAAUAUGAUCUUUUUAUUAUAGUUCCAUCACAAUUUGUUGAUGAUAAUAGUUAUACUCAACAACGAACUAUUAUUGAAGGGUCAACUCUUCAACUUUCUUGUUCAGCAAAUGGUCGACCGAAACCUUUCAUAACAUGGUCUUAUCGUACAAUUGAUGGCAAACAUAUUUCAUUGGGUGAUGGUAGUGGCUGCCAAGAUCCUGUAUGUGAAUUACGUUUAGGAAAUUAUACACGAUAUAAUCCAACUACAAUUGAAUGUGUUGCUGAUAAUAGGAAAUCAACGAGAAUAUCAAAAGUAUUUCAUGUCGAUGUCUAUUAUCCACCAAAAUUAGUACCGGAUGUUCAAACAUUUAUAGGUUCAAAUAAUAUUGAUGUUUUUCUUCAAUGUGCAUCAGUAUCAAAUCCACCAGCACCAGUUAUUUGGCUUGAUGAUAAUAAACAAAGAAUUGAUAAUUCUGAUAGAUAUAAUGUUAAAAUAAUGCAUAACUCAUCAACAUUAUCUUUUUCUAUACAUCCACAAGAACAAUCACCUGUUGUUUUUUAUUGUCAGAGUAAUAAUACAGUUGGUUUAGAUGAAAAAUUAAUAAAUAUUUCAGAUUUUAUUCAAUUGGAUACAAUAAUUAUUCGUGAAACAACAACCAUCACACCAUCAACAUCAAUAAUAGAUUAUGAUAAAUUUUCAUUAAAAAAGCAGAAAACUUUAAGACCAAGUCGUGCUCGUUCGCGUUCUUCGACUACACCGAUUCUUUUUCCUACUACAGCAAUAUCAUCAACGAACAGUUUAAUCUAUUCUUUAUCAAAUAAUCUUCUUAAUUUAAUUCUAAUACUAUUCGUCAUUUGUUUUGUAUAA